AUGGGACAAGCAAAAACGGACGUGGAAGAGUUUAGGAAAAUCUUGAAGGGGUCCAAAAGGAUCAUGGCGCUUUGUGGCGCCGGACUCUCAGUCGCGUCUGGUUUGCCCACGUUUCGUGGAGCAGGAGGUCUGUGGCGCGAGUUCAACGCCACCGAUCUUGCGACACCAGACGCGUUCGAGGAAGACCCAGCUUUGGUGUGGCUGUUCUACGCUUGGCGACGACAUAUGGCGCUGAAAGCCGAGCCGAACGCAGGCCAUUACGCCCUGGCCGAAUUGGCCAAAAAGAAGGGGCAUGACUUCCUUUGCCUUACCCAGAAUGUCGAUGGCCUGUCAAUUCGCGCUGGGCAUCCCACCGAGGGCAUUCGCAUGCUGCAUGGGAACUUGCUGGAUAUCAAGUGUUUCGAAGGAUGCGGCUAUAUCGAACGUAAUAUCACGCGUGAUCCAGUCUGCCCUGCUCUCGCCGCCGCAGCUGAAGACUACGCGCCCGGCGAGAUUUCACCUUUACUCAACCCUGCUAUCCCAACACCCCAAAUUGACGUCAAAGAUCUACCUCAUUGCCCUGACUGUAAGCGACGGGGCAAAGACUCUCUGCUUCGUCCAGGCGUCGUGUGGUUUGGGGAGGCCUUGCCCGAUGGCAUGUUGCAGGAAGCAGACAACUGGCUUUACCCAACAGUGGAUGUGAUGUUGGUCAUCGGCACAUCCGCAGCCGUUUACCCUGCUGCAGGAUACACAAGGAAGGCCAAGAAUCGAGGCGCUAUUGUGGCAGUCAUCAAUCCGGACAGCAGUGCUGGGGCCGGCUUGGACAAGAAAGAUUUCUUUUUCCAAGGUGGUGCAGACGAAUUCCUGCCUAAAUUGUUUGAGGAUGUCAUCGGUAUAUUGCCAGUGAAGGAAAAACAACCUGCUGCUAAGAGUAAGGAGGCGUGA